AUGCUCCUGUUUUCUUUAUGUUCAGUAUUUUCCUCAUUCUUUAUGUAUGUCACUGGGGGGAAACUGCCUGAACCAGAGGUGAAAAUUGAAGUCCUGCAUAAGCCUUUCAUGUGUUAUCGGAAGUCAAAAUAUGGGGACAUGCUGCUUGUUCAUUUCGAGGGAUUCCUGGAGAGUAAUGGCACCAUGUUUCAUUCCAGCCACCACCACGGGGAUAAAAAUCCAGUGUGGUUCACCCUUGGGAUCCGAGAGGUGCUCAAGGGCUGGGAUAAGGGUCUGCAGAACAUGUGUGCAGGAGAGCGCAGGAAACUGACCAUCCCUCCAGGUCUGGCUUAUGGGAAAGAAGGAAAAGGCAAGAUUCCACCAAGCAGCACCCUGAUUUUUGACAUUGAGCUCAUAGAGAUCCAAAAUGGCCCCAGGUCACAUGAAUCCUUCCAGGAGAUGGACCUAAAUGACGACUGGAAGCUCUCCAAGGCAGAGGUGAGCGAGUACCUGAAGAGGGAGUUUGAGAAGCAUGGAUACUCAGCCAAUGACACGUAUCAUGAAGUGAUGGUAGAGGACAUCUUCAAAAAGGAGGACGAGGAUAAUGACGGUUUCAUAUCUGCAAGGGAAUUCACCUACAAACACGAUGAACUGUAGAGGAACGAUUUAAUCCUAAUUUCAAACUACCCACAAAGUUUACACCUUUGUGCCUCUCAUUUCCUCCAGUGUGGAAACAGGAAUUCAUUGGUAAAUGAGUAUUUACUGGUAUAUUCUACCUCCUGCUGAGGGCUUGCUGUUCUCAAAGUAAAACUCAGAAAACUCACUCAGAAUACUCUUGGUCAACUGUAAAUACUGUACAUGCAUAUUUUUUUAAGACUAUCAUGUCUCCAUUGUACAUGCACUGAUGACAUUCACAGAUGUGUUGUACAGUAUUGUAGAGUAUGUUCAAUUUUUAUGCUUCCCUGCCACUGAAAUAAAUGUUUUACC